ACACAAAUGUCGUUUUUAAAUGACAGCGAGUUCGAGAACAAUUCGUUCUCGAUCUUCGGGCCUCUCGGUAUGGCGUUCUACGAUGAUGGACACGUUCUAGAAGACACCUACACAGUCAAAGUAGUUGUGAGCGUCAUCUUGGGGUUUUUUAUGGUGGUGAGCGUGAUCGGCAACGUGUGCACCCUGGCUGUGAUCGCACGGGAGCGCACCAUGAGAACACCUACAAACUGCUACCUCGCCAACCUCGCGAUCACAGAUCUACUCACCGCACUUUUCAUCCCCCUAGAAAUAUACGUCAUCUUUGUACCAGAUUUUUAUCCUCUAGGCGAAGUUGGAUGCCGAAUACAUUUCGUGUUAUGGGACAUCCUCAGUAACUGCAGUCUACUCAUCAUCACAGCCUUCACGAUAGAACGGUACAUAAUAGUGACGAAACCGUUCCUGAGACAAAAGCUGACACUAAAUUCCCGUGUGUUCAAAAUUGUUGGCGUGAUAUGGGCUCUGUCGCUGUGUUUCGGUAUCCCAGAUGCAUUUUACAUAGACUUUUUGGAAAGAAAAGAGUACGUGUUUUGUUACUACACGUUGACAAAAACUGUGAGCAUCGUCGUUGCUUUCGAGAUAUUUUUGUUCUUUUUAAUACCAAUGACCACGAUAUUGGUCCUGUAUAUUAAAAUGACAAUAAAGUUGAAGUCGGCACAGAAGAAACUACGCAGCAGUCCCGUGGUGGGCAAACAGAACAGAGACAAGGCGGUGAAGAUGAUUGCGGCGGUGGCUUUCUCCUUCUUCCUCUCUUGGGCGCCAUAUUGCAUUUUCCGCGUAAUGACGGUGCUGCCAAAAUUUAAAUACGAAGAUUAUUAUAAUGUGUGGAAAGUAAUCAACUAUCUAUGCUACAAUGGUUACAUGUCCACAGCUGCAAACCCGAUACUUUACAGUUUAAUGUCACGGAAAUUUCGACAAGCGUUUAAAGAUUUGCUGAAAAGUCCUCGCGUUUUGAGUGGAAGCAGCAUAACACAGCAAACAAAAUCAACUCAUGAUUCAGUAGUAUAA